CAACACAUUAGAAAUGUGUAGAUCUAGGUAUCAAGAGUUUACGACACGUUACAUGAUCGAAGAAGAUUGCCUAUAAAACCGAUAGAGAUAACACAAGGUGACAUCGAUCCAAUCUCCUGACCCACAACACAACAACGCAACCACCAUGGUCAAAGCAAUUAGAGUCCAUGAGCAUGGUGGCCCUGAGGUGUUGACAUGGGAAGAUGUUGAAGUCCCAGAUCCAAAAGAGGGAGAAAUAAGGUUGAAGCAAAAGGCAAUUGGUAUAAAUUUCUUGGAUGUGUAUAUGCGUCGAGGGCACUACCCUCAACCUGUACCGUUUACUCCAGGUAUGGAAGGAGCCGGAGUUGUAACAGCUGUCGGUGCCGGAGUAACCAGCUGCAAAGUUGGAGAUGUUGUGGCUUACGCUAGUGGGCAGGUGGGUUCUUAUGCCGAAGAGAGAAUACUCCCCGCAGAUCAAGCGGUGCCUGUUCCUUCUUCUGUUGAUCCCGUUGAAGCAGCUGCCGUCAUUUUUAAAGGACUCACCGCAUAUGUCAUGAUCCAUCGAGCCUUUAAGGUUGAACCUGGACAUACAAUCCUCGUACAUGCGGCGGCAGGUGGAGUCGGAUAUCUGAUAUGUCAAUGGGCAAGUGCGAUUGGAGCCACCGUCAUCGGAACAGUGUCUACCAAGGAGAAGGCUGUGCAGGCGAAAGAAGAUGGAUGUGAGCAUGUGAUUCUUUACAAAGAUGAGGACUUUGUGGAACGUGUGAUGGAGAUAACAUCAGGCAAAGGGGUGGAUGUAGUCUUCGAUGCCGUUGGGAAAGACACCUUCAAUGGAUCAUUGGAGUGCUUAAAAACACGAGGAUACAUGGUGGUUUAUGGGACUGCAUCAGGUGAACCAGAGCCGAUAAGUGUGACUAAACUAGCACCCAGAUCCAUCUAUCUUACAUUUGCAUCACUCGGGGAAUACAUCGGAGGUAAUCGAGAACGUCUGCUUAUAGCUGCUGAAGCCUUGUAUUCUAAUGUUGCAAAGGGAGUAUUGAAGGUUCGUGUUAAUCAUAAGUAUCCUCUGUCUCAAGCAACCCAAGCUCACAUUGCUCUUGAGAGUCGAAAAACAACGGGUUCGGUUGUGUUGAUCCCAGACGAGGAGUGAUUCCCUUCAUGUUUUCUGUUUUAGAUUUAUUUACUUUUUGUUAUUUCCAUGUAAUUCUCUUGUGCAUUAAAGUAAAGUGGUACGAAUAAUUGGCCCAAUAAGGUUUUCCACCGUCUAAUAUUUAUAUAUAUUUAUAUUUUAGUGGUAUGGAUACUUUAUCAUCAUUAUACU